CUCACUCACAGCUACUUAUGACGUAUACAUUCUCGCGGAGUUUUACAUGCUAGCAAAGAAGACCACAUUGUGGAGCAGAAGUCGACAUUAAAUUAGAGGAUAAGCAAGCGGAUAAAUGUCUUCUCCCAGGCAAGCGGAAGAGGAUGAGAUGGAAGACGUGGAAUUUGUGUCUGAGGGGCCCCUCAGGCCAGUGGUGGAGUGUGUCGACCUGCUGAGUGAUAGUGAUGAAGAGGGCUGUUCUUCAUCGACAGGAACUAUCGAUGAUAAAAUUGACCGCCAAAAGGCACAUGUAGCGUCUACUCUGGAUAGACUGGCACAGCAGGUGGCUCUGGAGAAGCGGGAAAGAGCAGACAAAUGUAGAGCCUUCAAGGAAAAACAGAUGCAACAAAGAGUCCAUGGACAGCAGGAGCUUAUGUUUAGAUCAACAAAUACAAUGAAUCAAGAGGCAAAGCGCUGUGUGGAUGCGUGGCUAAAGAUGCCUGGCCUCCAGCCUGGAGUGAUCAGUUCUGGUUCGGGAAGACGCAGACAUCGACAGUCUGCUUUCCCAAUGAACCCUUCAAUAAAACACACAUGUCCAGUGAUUAAUUGUGGUCGGGUUUUCGACAAUGUGUCUCUCCUCGACGGUCAUCUAAAAAGGUUUGACCACUCGCCUUGUGAUCCCACCAUCACUCUCAAAGGAAGUCCCACGAUGCUGUUUGCUUGUGUGGUCUGUUGUCGUCACUUUCGGACCAAAGAAGAGUGGAGGACACAUGUUCAAUCUAAGGUUUCCCUUGUCAUAAAAUCAUCCUAUGUUGAAAUUAGUCAUAAAAAUAGCACAUUUUUGUAUGGAUUCAUUUAUCAGGCAUCCUCAGUUAAUUCUGAGGGUCACUGCGUGUCCCAGAGCUACCAGCGCAUUGUUUGCUUUGCUUGUCCUGCCUGCUACCUCCUCUUCAACUUGAGAGAUGAGUGUCUUCAGCACAUGUCAGCCAAAAACCACUUUACAGAGUCCCUCGCAAUGAGUGACAGUAAUCGAGGAGCAGUGCCUAUACCCAUGCCACAACACGCUAAGAAUCGCCUCAUCACACUCUGCAAGGAAGCCCCGUUCACCGUCCAAUGCACUCUGUGUCACAAAGUGUUGAGUUCACAUCAGGCAGCACAAGCUCACUUUAAUGUGCACUGCAGACAGGGCUGUGCUAUGGCCAAGGCUGAUAAAACAGUGGUGCAGUUAGUGAAGCAGCUGCAAGUGCGAGGCCAGUGCUUUCUCUGCUGUUUAAUCUUCCUGAGCCAAGCGGAAGUGGAAAGGCACAGAGAAGCCACCAAACAUUACGUGGAGGUCAACAGUACCAUGGAGCGAGCUCUACUUCAGUACUGCAGGUUUAGUGAAAAUCAACACAGGGCUGACAACGAGGAGAAAAGGCCUGUCACUAGCACACAGUUUCAAAAAAGAAACAAGAACAGCAGUGAGCAUGAAGAUUUUCCUGCCAAACGACACAAAUUAGGAAGCUCUGUUACAGUGUGGUUCUGUGAGUGUGGUCUGAGGUUCUCAGAGGAAGGCUCAGCCAGUAAUCACGUCUUAGCUGUCAACCAAAUUUUCUACCAGUGCGGCGUGUGCGGCAAACACAUGGGAGAAUCUUCAGUCACCCGCCUGCACAUGAGCCGCUUUCACGGGGGAGCUCACCUCUCCAACUUCUUUUUCUACUGCCGCAAGUGCAAAGUGGAGAUGCCUCGCUUGGAACAUAUCAUGUCGCACGUGUCGGACACACACCAAGGGCAUACCUUCUUCACCGAACAGGAAGUGCCCGCAGAAGUGAAGGCCAAGCCGUCCUUCAUGGACCCAUGCUCUUCCUCCACACUUUCACCCAUCCCAGCGGAGGCGGCAUCCUCUUCCAAACCGGCGCCAACUUGGAUGUGCAGGAUGUGCGAGGAUGUCUUUGACUCGGAAGCAGCCGUCCAAAAGCACUGCAGUGACAUAAGCAGCCACAGCUUCCAGAGGUUCGCCUGCGGCCACUGCCCACAAAAAUUCUUCAAGGAGUCCACUGUGCGACGGCAUUGCGCCAAUGAGCACAACGGACAGAUUAAGAGCGCGCACUUCUGCGGGCUCUGCGAUAGCAUGUCGUUUGAGUCUGAAGGCGAGUUCCUACAGCACUACAAGUGCCUCCACAGCAGAGACUACUACAGCGUGGACGACGGUGACCUUGUUCAACCUGCUGCAGCUGCUGAGAGCGUCUCACCUGCGGACUCAUGUCCAUGCAUGGGCUCAGAGAAGACUAAAGAUGCAAUGAAAGCCACAUACACACGCUGCAUGAUGAAUCUAGCCUCUGAAGGCCACUGUCAGUACGUGUGUGCGCCUUGUGCUAUAAUUGCCCCCUCCUAUGCUCAGAUCAAGACUCAUGUCCACACCACACAUGCGGCCUUGAACCUGGACAAAACAUUUGAAGUAGAAUGCAGAACUUGCAGGGAACGCUUUGCAGAUGUUCCAAGGUUCCAUAAACACCAUCACUCCCAGCACUGUGCGCUUGACCCAUGCGUGAGCUCCAGGACCGGUGGGGAUAAGGUGAAAGAAAAACCCCAAGUACUGAAUGCUGUGGAGGUCAAAGAAGAACUUCAUGAGAUGGAAGAUGACAUGCUGCAAAGGUUCUUGAAAAUGGAGCAGACUGAGAAAGAUGUUGGUCAAAGUGAGCAACAAAAGCAGCAUGGCUCUGACUCAACAGAUGAUGAUGAUGAUGAUGAUGAUGAUGUGAAACGGGCACUUGCUUUGAGCGUAGAAGAAGAACAGCAGGAGUCAGCAGGGUCGCGGGGGUAUGCUGGAGCUUAUCCCAGCUGACGUUGGGAAAGAGGCGGGGUACACCCUGGACUGGUCACCAGCCAAUCGGCACAUAUAGACAAACAACCUUUCACAUUCAUACCUAUUGGACAAUUAAGAGUCGCCUAACCUAACAUGCAUGUUUUUGGAAUGUGGGAGGAAGACGGAGUACCCGGAGAAAACCCAUACAGAGAUGUCCAACAGAGAUUGGAACCCAGGUCUUCCAGAUCUCCCGACUGUGUGGCCCAAAUGCUCACCACUAGUAUUAAAAAUAAAUAAUAGAGAAAUAAAAUGCUAUUCUGAAUGCAGUCUACUGUGGCUAAUCCUGCAAAUCACUCACACAACACAAUAGAUAUUUUCUGAGUAAAACAAAAACAAAGCAAAAUGCAAAUAUGUUUUAAAAAAAACUUGUAAUGUUACGGUAUUUCAGUGUGGCAGGUCGCACUUUUCAACAAACUUCCCUUUCUGAGUCAUGUGAUUGUUGUUAGCACCUGAGACGUUAAGUAGUUGUUCAGUGGAGAGUAUAUACUUUAUACCACUUGUCCUCCACUCCUGUCUCCUUCUCAAUCACAUUUCCACAUUUGGUGACCCUCCAUGUGAGUAUGAACAUGUCGACAGCCUGUGCUAUCUAUGCCCGACGUAUGGCAACAGCACACGCCUGCGUUUUCAACACAUCAAAGCCCAGUUUCGACUGUGAGGAGCAACGCAAGGACAUGAUCAAUUAUUUCCACGUAGUGGCCGCUCUGAAAACCGGCCCAUGCCCAAUGUCAACCACGAAAACAGCGGUUUAUUAAUUAGCUUUCAAAAAAAUGCAAUAGAGUGAGGGAGGGAUGACUGUAUACAUCUCUACACUGAAACACAGCCCAACACUGAAACACAGCUCAUUGUUUCAGACUUCUUUCUCGGGGACAAAUGCAGUCUGAGAUUCAGGUCAGGACAGUACAGUACAUCUUCCACGCUCAGUUGGUAAAUUGUUGACUAUAGGGCAAUAAGGACAUCUGCCACACCACUUUUAUGACACCCUCUUUAAGUUACAAGUGUUUAAAGCGUAUUAAACAUUGCUUAACUGGUUGAAUGUUUAAAAUGUUUUAGGAUGGCGACAGGUUGACUUUUGAUUUCCACUACUCUCUAAGAGAAAAAUGGUUUUGAAUUAAAUCUGAGUUAAAUUACUAACACUAAUGCUGCCUA